AUACCGAAGAAAAACCCAAAGGAUUUGUUGUACUUAAUGGCAAGCUAAAUCUGUUGCGGAUACAAAAUUCUCAGACGCCAGGAAAGUAUUCAAGGUCCUUAAGAGAUGAAACUCAUGAAAGCUUUGUUGGUUUUCGUCUUCACGAUCUGUUACUCUGAAACUGGAGAAGCUUCUUUGGUUCGUGGAGAAGGUAACAACACGAUAAUAGCUCUUUUACCUUUCCACACCCCCACUGCAGACUCGAAGCAAUGUUCAAACGAGCUUCAUUUUAAAUCGGCCGUUCAAAGUCAAGCUUUAGUCUAUGCGGUUAAAAAACUGAAUUCAGACCCAAACUUCGGUGCCAUGAUUUCUCUUGGCUACGAUGUCGAGGAUAUUUGCGGAGAUAAACCUGAACAUUUGCUCAACGUGAUAAACACUUUAUUCAAAAGACACAAAAGACAACAUCCGUGCGCUUUUGUUGCUGAUUUGUCAAACUUUUUAACCCGACUUGUUGUGCGUAAAUCACAAAAAAUUCCUGUGUUUUCUCUCGACUCUGCACCUGAUGAUAUUGGCGCGUUCUAUCUCGAACCCAAAAAACCAAGAAUCGGAAAGGCGGCGGCGAAGUUCGUACAAGAAUUAAACUGGACAGUUUUUGACGUGUUAGUAGCGAAUGAAAGCAGUUAUGAGUAUUUCAAGGAAGCAACUAAGACCUUGAAAGUUUGUGAAAAUCGCGUUUUGCAAGAAAAGUUUGUAUCUUCUCAGAACCUUGCGAAUGAGAGUAAUCCGAUUUUGGUAUUUUCCGAUUCAUUAAAAACCCUAAAAAAUCUCCCAUCAACCCUCAAAGAACGAGAUACUGUUAUCGCCGGAGAUGUGCCACAAACUGGUGAACGGUUUGCAAAAACUUUGGCUCUAAAACAACGCGUUCCAAAUCUGUCCGAAUUUAAAACGUUUUUGUUAGAAUCCGCUGGCAGCAACGACAGCUGGUUCGGUGCGUUGAUUCGUGACUCCGCGCAGUUUAAGAAUUGCGCUACGCCUGGAAACAAGUCAUGUUUGUCGGAAAUACUCGAAAAACUAUCGGGCGAACUCCGUCACGGAGGAAAAGUUAUCGAUGCUGUGUAUACAAUUGCGCACACAUUGAAAAGAACUCAAAAACAAGCUCUCAGUAAUGACGAUAUUAUUUCAACACCCGAAUUCACAAGUGCAACAGGAAACCCAAUAUGUUUUUCGUCAAAUAAAGUAUUGGAAGUGAUUGACUACAGCGUCUAUAAUCUUGGCAAAACGCCGCCUUCCUCGCUUGGAAAAAUCCAGACGUUCUCCGCUAAAACAAGUGCCGAACUUUCGUUGGACGAGUUGGAUUUGAAUCGUGAUAUCACUAGUUGCUUACUAACGUGUCCCAAAGGAACCUCCCCAGUCCCCACCUCGGCCAAAUGUUGCGUUGAAUGUAAGAAAAACCCUAACCUUAGCCCCAACCCUAACUCUACCGCUAAUACAACCGCUUGUAAAAAAGGACUGAGGCUGAAUAAGGACGGCUCGAAAUGUAUUGAGGUUCGCUUGGAUUAUUUGAAGUGGAAGCACCCACUGAGUAUCGUGAUUUUCCUUCUUGCUAUUUUCCUAUUCUUUGUUUUGCUUUAUUUGGUUAACCUCUAUCAUAUUAAGGCACAAACACCGGCUCUUUUGACGUCUAAACUCGCCACAAUGUUGCUUCUUUUGUCGUUGUUUAUAACCUUAAUUCACCCUCUUUUACCGAUUAUUAAACCUAGCGCUAGCGCGUGCAAUGCUUAUGUAUUUGGCUUCGUUCAAGCACUGGGUAUCCCAUUAUGUAUCCUUAUAUCCCGCUCAAACUCCUACUUCAAACGCUUUAGACAGGAAGAUGGAAGUUUAAGAAAGAAAGUUUGUCGUUCAAACCCUCAAAAUCUCAUCGCUAUUUUCCUUAUUUUGUUUCAAAUCAUCCUUUCUAUCAUAUUUAUCGCGGUCUCUUCGGCGCAUGUCGUGUAUUACGAAACCUCUGACCCCUCUGUCGAUUACAUCGAGUGCUCAACUUUUUCAGGUGGCGAAUUUCUGUUCCCGUUUUUCUACACGAUCAUUUUGUCGCUCGUUUUUACCGUCAAAAAUUUCGGUGCGGAAACGAUCGAGCAUGACUCGUAUGAGUCGCAUUUCACGGCCAUCUUUUUCUUCGGUUUUUACUUUCUAUCCUUUCUCAAUAUCAUCAUCGUUUACGGUGUCACUGGUAAAACCAAGGUGAUGUUAAUCUGUGUUCUGGGAGUCCUUCAUGUCAUCAAUUUCCUCUUUUUUAUCUUCUUCCCGAAGGUAUAUGUGGUUGUGUUUAAACGUGACCCAGUUCGUUUCAGACCUCCUGUUCGCACUGAGAGAGAAGUGUUAAUCUUUGAUUUAUCUGGUAUCGAAGAUGACCCGCCAAAAACAAAAAAAUGAACACCUCAAAUACAUAUGAGGCUAAGUCAGGGUAUUUGUGUACUUUAUGUGGAUAACUUAGGAUCAUGUAUAGAUACUGAAUCAUCUAACUUUGCAAGUGACUAUAUAUAUCUCGUAUGCUGUGUCUCUGUUUUGUAAAAUAUUGUAAAAGAAAUUGCUCUAUAUAGUAUAUACCCUUUAUAAAACAUUGUUUUCUAUUUUUAUUGCCAAAUUUAUUAUACUGCUGUAUUUUCCUAUUAAAGUAUAUAUAACCUUUUAAGAACAAUCAUUCUUUUUACUUCAAUCAUAAGGGCCCUUAACACAUGAAUCAGACUUCUGGAAGAUUUCAUUAAUCUGUUUCACAGCUGAAUGCGAACAAGGCUAUUGAAAUUAAAAGCAAUUUAUUUACUUUAUUCUGUACAUCUCUGUGAACAAACACUGCCUAUAAACUGUAUUUAUUUGACAAGAUUUAGGCUCAGAAACACGAUGCAAUGAUAUUGUUUUCUUUAGUUUUCAUCAGAGCAGAUUAU